AUGAGGGGACAAAGUAUGUGUUCAACCAAACUGCAACCAGACUUAUACUGUAGAUCUACUGAGACAUCAUGAGAGCCACUGCAGCCGUCCUAUUGUUCCUCUGUCUCCUGGCUGUCAGUCAUGCCUGGGACUGUCAGCCUGUAGUGGAUAUCAAGAAUCUGAUGCAGAUCGAUGCAGGACUGGGGCAAGUGGUUGCUACGAACACAAGUCAAACCCCCUACUACCUGGUAGGUGAUAAAUGGACCCCCCUGCCUGGUUCCCUGAAGCAUAUCACUGUAGGACCAGCAGGGAUCUGGGGAAUCAACAAGGCAGACUCAAUCUACAAGUAUGUGGCCGGUAACUGGGUGCAAGCUGCAGGCAGUUUGAAGCAAGUGGAUGCUGGGGGCAACCAGUUUAUUGUGGGGGUCUACAUGAAAGAUACUUCAUUCUGUCUGACAAGUAGUGCCACAGUUGGCUACAAGGGUCCAGGCUCACCCCUUCCAUGGACAGGAUUGCCAGGAAGUGUGAAGUAUUCUAGUUGCGGACCUUUUGGGUGCUGGGCAGUCAACAAGAAUGAUGAUAUCUUCUUAAUGAGUCUGAAUCAAGACUGCCGAAACAAUGGGUGGAGUCACAUUGAUGGCAAGCUUUCCAUGAUUGAAGUGGCAACUGAUGGUAGUGUCUUUGGGGUCACCUCUGCGGGUAGUGUUUAUACCAGAGAUGGCAUCACAGCCAGUAAACCAGAGGGCACUGGAUGGAGCAAUAUCCCAAUGUGCAUGAUAAUGAAGCAUGUGACCUACGACCUGGGCCGUCUUUGGGUCGUCUCCAAGUCCGGCUUCGCCAUGGUGUGCACACAUUAGCUUCUCCUUUGCAGCUGAAGGCCGUUCAGAAUCUGACAAGUUCACUUGCUAACUCAUUGAUGUUGGUUUCUGGAAGAGCCUUCUGCUUGAGAAAUUUUUAUGUUAUUUCACAAGAUCCUUAAUACAAAAACAAAAUGUCUUUAACUAUACUUUUUCAGUACCUUAUCUCUAUCAAUAUUAAAUCAAUGAUCUUAUUGAGAAGAUAAAAAUGUUCGGUGAAGAUUUAUUCUCACACAAAAUUGACCAGCAACAGCAUUAUUUAAGUUGUGUGCUAUUUUCUUGAUCAGUCCUUGAUUAACACCUAAAUAUAUCUUUGCCAUGGAGGCUAUUUAACUGUAGUGUAAACUAGGGCACGGUCAUGUUGCUCACAAUCCACAUGGGUUUUGCUGUUCUUCAGAGGUCAUCAAUAGGGUUGGAUGGAAUCCUUGUUAUUGCUCAUUAUCUCCUAUAAUUUCCCUCAAAUAAAGCA